UCCAACCAAAAGUAAAAAAAAGGUGGAAAAAAAAGAAAGAAAGAUUCAUUUAAUGUGUUUUGUGCUUUGAAAGUAUUAAUAAGAACAUUUUUAUACUAAGAUAAAUAUUAGAUUAUUUAAUUAAAAGAACAAGAAAGAUAAAAUAUAAUCAAAAUGCAAGGAUUUCGAAAUUAUAACCUCGAUGCAAUGCAGAGAGAACAACUUCAUGUGGUGGAUUUACUGCCGCCUCAGUAUGGAAAAACAACACCUCCAAUGUCGCCUAACAGUGAUUGUACGAGUCCAACAAUGGAAAGCGGUUCGAAUAAUGGACAGCCACCCCUUGAUCCAUCAGUGAGAAGGUAUCGAACAGCCUUCACUAGAGAUCAAUUGGCACGCUUAGAAAAAGAAUUCUAUAAAGAAAAUUAUGUUUCAAGGCCUCGUCGCUGUGAGCUUGCAGCUCAACUCAACUUACCCGAAUCUACAAUCAAGGUUUGGUUUCAAAAUCGUCGUAUGAAGGAUAAACGUCAACGAAUUGCUAUUGCAUGGCCUUAUGCAGCAAUUUACUCCGAUCCAACGAUGGCCGCUUCAAUUCUUCAAGCAUGCGCAAAUUCAGUUGGAAUGGCUCCAUAUGGUGCAUACGGACAUGCACAAUUAAUCCCACAAAUGCCAGUUAUGUCACCCCAAAUGCCAUCAAAUCAUUUCUCUUAUUCACCUUAUCGUUAUGCGCCGUAUCCAAUCCCACCACCUGGUGGAGCCGCUCAAAGAACACCAGGAACAACAGCAUCACAAUAUCCACUUCUUAAUGGAAGUCUCACAGGAACAAAUCAAAUGAAUUACGGCCCAUUGACAAUUCCAAAGCCACAAUGUACACCACCACAUGAAAUUCUUCAAAGUCCAACAUCGCAACAUUCAAAUCUUUCACUUUCGCCAGGUUCUGAUAAAGAACAUCAUCAUACAAAUAGCAAAUUUGAGUUGAGUUCAUCAAGUAACGACAACAGUCCCGUCAAAUCGUUAUCAUCAACACCUCAAGGUCUGCUUAUGACUGCCCCACAAUCUUCCCCUUCCCAAACCAUUCUUCCUGUGACACCAGAGAAACCAAAACUUUUUAAACCUUACAAGUCAGAGGCGUAAUAAAAGUUUUUGUUUCUUCCGUCUCAGUAGAGUUAUUGGAUCUCAUAAUAAGAACUUCACUGUUAGGAAGAAUUCCAUAAUACCUUGAAACGGUCUGCAAAUACGUUUAUCUGAGGAUAUUAAUCCAAUGAUGAUAUUUCU